CCUCAUUGGCUGACUGGAAGCUGCGUGGUCACUCACAAACUUCAGCCGAAGAGAGUCUCCGCGUGAGGUGUCCGCCGACCCUGUCAUACCUCCACUUCGUUAAAUGGUGUUUUUGUCAUGGAGUUAUUGGUUCGGUAUCUGGAUAGAAGCAAUUCCAUUAGCUCUAUCCUGACCCAAGACCUAAUCAAAGAGGAGAGCCUUAGAGAUGACCUGAAGUACUACUUCAUGAGCCCAUGUGAAAAGUACAGAGCCCGACGACACAUACCAUGGAAAAUGGGAGUCCAGAUUCUGAAGAUCAUCAUGAUCACCACACAACUCGUCCUGUUUGGCCUGAAUAAUCAGCUGGUGGUUGCCUAUAAAGAGGAAAACACUAUGGCCCUGAAAAAACUUUUCCUGAAGGACUACAGUGGUGUGGAUGAGGACGACUACAGUGUUGCUGUUUACACCCAACAAGCCGUCUAUGACAGUUUGUUUUAUGUCCUGGAACAGUACAGUCAGUUGGGCCAGCUCUCUGUGGGUCCCAUCAGUUAUGCAGAGGAUGAAGAUGGCAAGCCGCAGCCUCUCAUCAUCUGUAAAGAGUACUACAAGAAAGGCAGCGUCAAGCCCUCAGAUGAAACCUUUGACAUUGAUGCAGAGCUGGAGACAGUCUGUAUGUCACAUGAUCCAAAGACUACAAGCCAAUGGAAAACCCUGAAUGCAUCAUUUUUUGAUCUGGACUUUUACAGGCUUGUUGACCUCAAGAUAACGUUCCAGCUGAGGGGAAUCAACCUGCAGACCGUUCGUUCGCGAGAGUUACCAGACUGCUACUCCUUCUAUAUUACGAUCACAUUUGACAACAAGUGUCAUAGUGGAAAAGUGAAAAUAUUCCUGGACAUAGAUUCUGAAAGCAGUGUAUGUCGAGGCUGGAAGAUAACUGGAACAGCUCAGAAGAACACUCACUAUCUGCUGGUGUUUGAUGGCUUCGUCAUUCUGGUUUGCAUCACGUCAGCGGCAUUGUGCACACGCUCGAUCAUAUUGGCUGUCAAGUUACUUCAGAGAUUUUCACGAUUCUUCCAUGAGAACUACAAUCGUAAAGUGUGUGAGGAUGACCAGAGGGAGUUUCUUAAUGGCUGGUAUGUGCUGGUCAUCGUCAGCGACAUCUUGGCCAUAAUUGGAUCCAUACUGAAGAUGGAAAUACAAGCAAAGAGUCUGACAAGUUAUGAUGUGUGCAGUAUCUUCCUGGGCACGUCUACGUUAAUGGUGUGGGUCGGCGUGAUCAGGUAUCUGGGAUACUUCCAGAAAUACAAUGUCUUGAUUUUAACAAUGAAAGCAGCUUUCCCCAAAGUCCUGCGUUUCUGCUGCUGUGCUGGCAUGAUCUACCUCGGUUAUACAUUCUGCGGCUGGAUCGUACUGGGGCCGUACCAUGAGAAGUUUGAGGGCCUGAGUCGAGUGGCAGAGUGUCUGUUCUCUUUGUUGAACGGCGAUGACAUGUUCACCACCUUUGCUCAGCUGAAGGACAAAAACACUUUGGUGUGGCUCUUCAGUAGAGCUUACCUCUACUCCUUCAUCUCCCUCUUCAUCUACAUGGUGUUAUCACUCUUCAUCGCCCUCAUCACUGAUUCCUAUGAGACUAUCAAGAAAUAUCAGAGGGAUGGGUUCCCGCUGACGGACCUGCAGAAGUUCCUCCGAGACCAGAGGGAUUUCCCCAUUUUAGAGGAGAAUUGCCUGACAGAAAUGGAGCUGAAACACUCUGUGGUCUGCUGCUGCCGACGAGUUCCAGCAAAUGAUGAUGUCAUACUGAUCAGCUGAUAGCUCUCCCGCCUCCAGAUGAGCUGUUUCAGGGAGAAGGAUGCUGGGAAGAGGACUUCACUUAUACAGACUCAUAGAUCAAAGGCUUCCACUGCAAAGUCCUGGAAAAUAGUGUUACAUUAGUGAGAUUUGGUGAAGUGUAACAUGAAAUAUCCAAUCAGGUUCCCUCAUCUGACCAUAAAACUAGACCAUGUGCUUCAAAGUUUGAACUCUGACAAAGAAAAAAAAAGUUUUGCUGUGUCCACUGCGAUUUCAUGAUACUAAUCAAAUGUUUAUUGGGCCUUUUUAAGGUCUGCAGGUGCAUUUCAAUGCAAAAGAACUAGGUUCGGGGUUUUCUGAAUCUGAAUGUUGCACAAAUUGGUGAUAAGCAUAAUAUAGUGCUAGAUGUAAUUUAUUUGUCAAGUGUUGUAGUAAAGAUUGCAAUGAAACAUA